CCGUUACUAUGGCAACACCCCAAACUUGUCAAAAACGUCAAAACACCGAAAUCAUUUAAAUUUCCUGCAUGAACAACUAAAAAUUUUCAGUUAAAAAUAAUUCUAAUUUAAUACUAAAAUGAUGGCUUCAAAUAUACAACCUGCGUUAAGUAUCGACGAUGCCACAUAUCUCUCCGCGGACGAUUUCCAGAAGCAAUUAUGCACUUGGUUACAAAACAGGGGUUUGUUGAGCGAGCUUCGUGCAUAUUUCAAAAGUAAUAUGAUCGAGAUUCUUCGCAACACCUCAGCUGGGACAUCAUUGGGACUUGAACCACAAGCACCCUCCUCGCCAAAGCUACAAGCAAUCAAUCUGUUGGUGGCUGAGUACAUGUCUUACAGUAAUUAUCAAUUCUCGUUAUGUGUUUUUGGUACAGAAGUUACAUUAAAUAAAGUAUUUUAUAAUGGACGUGAAAGAUUUAAAUUCACCCAAAAAGAAGUUUUGGAUAUCUUGGAGACUUUAGGUAUUAUGCGGCAUAAUAAACAAGCAAAAUGCAUUUAUUUACUAUAUCAACAAGGCGAAGAUCCAUUAUUGUGUUAUUUUUUACCCAUCCCACCAAUGCAAAUCAGAGAAAAUAUGAUACAAGACAUUUUCUUCACAACACUAUUAGGUGAUGAUUUCGAUUUAGGAAUCCAUAACAUCGAUAGAAUCCUUUUUAAUUCAAAUAUAUCUCCAGAAGAAGUUAACCAAUUAAAAUAUUCAAUUAAAUGGAUUUGUGAUAAACACAAAGAAAAAGAGAAGCAAUUAGAAGCCAAUUUAAAAGUGGAAUUUAAAACACAAUUGAGUAAAUAUAAAUUAAGAGCCUAUGAUAUAGAGAAAUCAUUUGAAAUUGAGAGAAAUGAGCUUAAAAGUGAAAUAAAUCAGUUGAAAACACAGUUAAAUGAGAUGCAAUUGAAACAAAAACAAAAUGGGAAUAAAUCAAAUAAAUAUGUUCAAUGUAAAUUAAACGAUGAUAAAUGUAAAAUAAAAAAAGUUCAUGUUUCUGUAUCAACUAGUAAUAUUCCGAUGCAAAACAAAAGUUCUCAAUGUGAUAUUAACCAUGAUGAUGAAGAAUCGAAUGAUGCAAAUUUAAAUAUAGAGGUUUUGAAAACUUAUAAAAUAGAAAAUAAUUUUUUAAAACAAUCUAUAGAGAAAUUAGAAAAAGAAAAUGAAAUUCUUCGAUUGGAUAAUCAUGGCUUCACUAAAGAAUUGGAUAAUUUAGCUUUGAGAGCUUCAACAUUGAUGGCAGAAUUAAAUAUCUCUCAGCAAAAUAUAUUGAGAUUAAACAGCAUCUUACAUAAUACAUUGGACGAUAAUGAACCUUUUCGAAGAGUUGCAAAUCAAAGAAAUAUUUUAUCAUACACCGGGGCGGGAGAAGAAUAUAUACGUACAAAUAACGUCAUUCCCCCCAAUUUUCGAUACAUACAAAGAGUGCAUAAACGAAGAUGUGGAAGAAAAUCACCAACAUCAAGUAAUUCAAGUCGAAGUCCAACAGACUCAAUUAUAAAUGAAGCGAAAAUGAAACUAAAACAUUUAGAAGAAGAAAGUGUGAUAAUUGAUAAAAAAAUUGGACGUAAACCUAAGUUAAUUAUUAGUGAAAUUCAUCAAAAUAGCUUGCCUUCUUCAUCAAUGGCUAAAAGCGAAUCAGGGAUAGUAUUUCAGUUUGGAAAUUGUUCUAAAAUUGACGAUAGUGGUUCCUCGUCCGAUGGAAAUGGAAGUGAUAAAUCGUUGAUGAUGAAAUUGCGAAAAGAAAUGGGGGAAACUGAAGAAAAUGAAUUUGAAAAUUGAAGUUAUCUAACGUUUGUUGUAAAUAGUUGCGGAAAUAUUUUUUUAAAUAAAUA